AUGGUGCGCGAGGGUGGCGUGGCGGUGGCUCCAUCCAAAUGGGGCCUGUGGGCUUUCGCCACUUUGAUGCUCGCAGCACUCUGCUUGUCCGACCAGGCCAUCCGAUGCCCGGUGUGCUCCGAGGAGAGGCUAUCCAGCUGUCAAUUGCCGGAAAACUGUGAGGAGACAGUGCGGGAGCCUGGCUGUGGCUGCUGCCCCACAUGUGCCCUGCCUAAAGGGGCACAUUGUGGCGUCUACUCCCCCCGAUGUGGUAGUGGCCUGCGCUGCUACCCGCCACAGGGCAUUGAGAGACCACUGCACUCCCUCAUGCAUGGCCAGGGGGUGUGCACCGAUGAGAGAGAGGUGGAGGAAAACUCAGUGAUGGAAAGGCAGGAUGAAAUCAUCCCCGAGCACCCAAACAACAGCAAUAUCCGAUGCAGUACACAAGACAAACGGUGUAUACAGAAAACCCUGGCUCGACUCCCACUGAAAUCUACAAAUCAGAGAAGCAACACAGCUAGGGAGGAAGCCAAGGCUGCACUGGCUCCAUGUCGCGCUGAACUCCAGAGAGCACUGGACAGAUUGGCGUCGAAUUCCCGCACUCAUGAUGAUCUCUUCACAAUUCCCAUUCCCAACUGUGACAAAAAUGGAGAUUUCCACACUAAACAGUGCCAUCCAGCACGUGAUGGGCAGCGAGGAAAAUGCUGGUGUGUGGAUCAGAAGACGGGCAUGAGACUGCCAGGCCCACUAGAGCUGCGAGGGGAACUGGACUGCCACCAGUUAAUGACUGAUACUCUGAGGGAUUGA